UGCGAUUCACGGCAGUAUAGUGGUCCCCCAUGAGCAAUUUGCAACAUUGUAGUAUGUUUCAUUGAAUCAACAAGAAAACCCUUUCCACAGUAUGUCCUGUGUAUGCCAUGAAUGGCCAUUCUUUGCUUACACUCCCGAUCAAAAAAUUUGGGUCAUUUCUUCGGAAAUAUGAUAUUUUUUGAAGUCCAUAGUGUACAUUUUUUAUUAUUAUAAAGGUCUCAGACCUCUAAGAACACAUAGGAUAUUAGACCAUUUAAACCGAAGGGGUUGCUACACAGUGCUAUCACGAGCUGGACGAGAGGAUGGAAGAGAUUAACAAAUCUGGAGAUGUUAAGGACAAACGUCUUGAAAUCCUGGUUCAACAGUGCAUCGCAACUUCAGACGCACAAAUCUCAAGAUGCAAGCUUCAAACAACAAUGCAUGUUAUUAUUCUGUUCUUGCUCACUUGUAAUAAGCCUAAAAUAAUAAGCGCAGGUGCGCUGGUUUUGUUUACGAAGAAAUUUGUGCCCUCGAAAUCGUGGGUAGGUGCCAAAGUCGGCCAUUGUGGCGGCCAUAUUGGGAUUCUAACAAGUCUGUCCUUAAUAGUUUAUGUGUAUUUAUCCAUGAAGCAGGGACAACAACAACGCUAGAGGUGAUAAGCACCGCUCAGCGAGGCCAUCGUAAUUAGUUGGUUCGACGAAGUGAGAUGACCGAAAAGAAUGCUAGUGGCCGAUACCCGGCUCAAUAGGAAAGCAAUAAGAGCAAAAGAGAAACGAAUUUUCCACAGCAAGAAACGAUAGCAUGAAGAGAGUGUGAUUGCUGCAUCGCAAGAUAGCAUGGACAGGAACAGUAUGCGGAGGUUUUAUACAAUUGUCAAUGGCGCGUGACACAAGACUGCGCCAGUGCCCGCCAUGUGCAAUAAGAAAUUUGUUGACAGACAAAACAAUUGUAGCAGCCAGAUGAAAGAGGGUGGAGCAUUUCGAAGAUUUUUCUAAAUCUAAAAAUUUUACAACAUCAAAUCAGAUGGUAAAUCUAAACUUGAAGUUAGACAGAGAAACAGACGGGGCUAAAACACAAACACAACUUCCAAAAGCAUCCACGGACGCGUACCUUUUCCCUUUAAGUGAAACAUGAAAGUUAAAUUGAAAUUUACAAACUAGCAGUUUUUUCAUGUGAUUUGGAUCUAAAAGUGAAUGGGAGUUCCAGUUUACAAGGUUUUUUAAAGCCGUAGCUUUAUGUACACUACACUUUUAUGUUUUUUCACCAAAUCACGGAAAUUUUCUUUGCUUUUUACCGAGAUUGGCACCGCAGAGUGCUCAGCAAAUUUGAUUUGUUGUUUGUUUGCUCAGUUUGCCAAAAUUCAGUAUAAAUAUUUGCUGAGACACGGUGGUGUCUGAGUUUUCCGUGCUCAUCUUAAUGUGUACAGCCCCAUUUUGCACAAAAAAUAGAAAUGAUGUAAAUUCGAUAUCUAAAAAUGAUUGGUUAGCUCAAAACAAUCAUGUUAAAGUUUUAAAUACAUCAUUUUUUAGAGCCAAGAAGCCUUUAUUUUCAAAAAUUGUAAAUAAAAAAAAAAUAUCGACAAUUUAGAACCCUGAAGAAGACCCUGUUGGGUAAAAUUGCUAGAAAAAUUAUAGGUUUCAUCUACAAAACAAUUGAUAUGCUCAGCCCUAAAAAUGUGCAUAUUUAAAGCAUUUCUGUAGAUGUAGAUCAUUUCGAUUUUCUAAAAAAUCAUUCAAAGUUUUCGCCAGAGCAAUUUUUGAAAAAUGGCCCUUUUUGUGUAUUUUUCUGUAAAUUGCUAAUUAAUCUUAAAGGGUAUAAAGGAUUUUGUAAAUAUUGUGUUUGAAUUGUGCUGAUGAAAGAACUAUUUUUUAGGCAUUUCCCAAGUUUUAUCUGAUAGUACUACAUAUUUAAGGCGUCAAUGCUCUAAAAAAAUUAAAAUAUCUUGUCUAGAAGCUGAGAUUCGUUUCUACCGUUCGGGAAAUAUUUCAGAUGUUUGCAAAACUCUGUAUAUUGGUAUUAGUGACACUUUAAUCACGGAGAAAAAAAAAUUAGUAAAGACAAACAAGUAUUAGUUUGAUUGAACCAGAAUGCCAGUUUAAAUUCGAUACAAACAAAAUUUUAGUUAAUUUUAACUACCCGCCUUGGUUGAAACACACCAACAUUUCAGUUAAAAAAGUGCUGGUAAAUUCAACAAACGUUAGUUUGAUUUUACCAUUCGUUAGUUUCAAUUAUGACAGUUUCGUAAACAAACCGAAAUGGUAGUUGAACCAAUCAAUACGUUUUAGUUUAAUUCUACUAAUAUUUAGUUUAAAAUAACAAACGCUGUCAUUCAAAUCAAACAACAUGUUUGUUGUAGUUACAUUUUAUGUAUUUUUACUUCUUCUUCAUCCCUUUCCCCAAUCUUCUUCUUCCUCAUUCCACUUUCCUUCCAUUCGCAUUCUCAUUUAUUCGAAAAACUAUUAUAAACUAGCUGUCCCGGCAAACUUUGUCUUGCCGUCUUGUGGUGGUUUGACAACUGUUGAGCUCAAAACCCUACAAACGUUAUUGCUGUACAACGGCUGAAUAAACCGCUCUUAAGCUUGAUUUUCAAAUUUUUGGUUGAAUAAGCUUUUGUUCAGCUACCAUUGUUACUUGGGAAUAGCACCGCACUCUAGAUUGAUUUCAUUUCGGUCGUGGUGAUUUCCUUCCCAGCUCAUGGAAAAUCAGUUCUUUAUCUUUUUUUACUUUUCUAGUGGAUUUUCGUAACUUUUUGUACAUAUAAACACAGCCACCAUGAAUACGAACCAAACCGUGCAAGAGUCAUGCUGAUCGGUCCACCCGUUCUUGAGUUUUGUUGCCUCAAAGGAACUUCAAACUCAUUUAUAUAUAUAUAUAUACAGGGUGACUGGUAAUUCGUGUUACACCCGAAAGGAGGUGAAAGUAGACCAUAUUUGCAGCAAAAAAUUGUUCUACAGGUAGGUCCGGAAAUCACUGCUAAGUGAGUUAUUCAAAAAUUAGUGUUUUUAAAUUACCCCAUCUUUAAACAUCUCUAACUCAGAAACUAUGAACCGUAUAAUCAAUCUAAGCGCAUGGAUAAAAAGCUUAAAGCUUUGUCUUUUAAUGCUCUUUGGACAGGUAAUUGAUAAAAAGUCAUUUAAGUGCAGAAAUUUUGAUUUUUAUGUAAAAAGUGCCUAAAAAUGUACCCUUUUUACACCUUUUUUGAUAGUUUAUUCGUGAAAAACGUGAUAAAUGUGAGAAAUGUUCUUCUACAAAACAUUCAUUUUUUGAUACGCUACCAAACUGUCCUUUAGUGCAACAUUGUAUCUUUCAUAGUUUUGUCACAAUCUUGAAUUCAAAAUCUGGUGAAAUAAAUCAAUGUUUUUAUUGCAAUACUGUCUGGCAACCCUACACGUUUGCUUGCUGUUGGUCGUCGUGCGCAUGGCAACGAAGUCCGGCGUCGCGGUGGCGGUCAUCGUUUGACAGAGCCAACAGUGAACGGAAAAUUGCGCGCAAUGUUUAUGAAUCAAUCUCAAGGCAUCCUUUUCUUUGGGUGAAGAUUCAAUUCGCCUAGAUGCCAUACACCCAAACCCACUCACUGGUGGAAUUUAGCGAGAUCAUAACGCUGGGUGGCACCGUUUUAAGGGAUAUUCAAACCUACGGGCCGAGACUGGGUCCGGGCCGGGGCCGCGGCCGAGACGCGAUAGGGCUUUUGUCGCUUCGUUCUCACUGCACACAAUGCUCACCGGGCUAUAGCGCCUGCGCACCAACAAUUUAUGUUGCGCGAACGCACGCACAGUAUGAAGCGGUUGUCAUUUAUUUUUGUUUUUUUUUUUUUUGCGCACUUUCUCUAGUGUGUUUGAUGUACAUUCAUCCAGAACUUUCUUUUGUAAUUUCUACAGGAAUCUGGGAUUCCUCCAGCUUUUUUUAUGAUUUCCCUUGGGAUGCUUUCUGGGACUCUCCCGUAGUUCUUUCUGGAAAACCUCUAAUGAGAUUCUUCUAGGAGUCCUUCCUGGUAUUUCUCCAGCUACUCCGUCUGGGUUUUUGUCCUUUAGUUCUACUAAAAUUUCUUCUGGGAUACUUUCAAGAACUGGUUUAGAAUUUUUCUCCAGAAAUUCUUCCAGGAGUAGCUUCUCACAGUUUAUUUAUUUUCAGUUCAACGGGAAGCCCUCCUGAUGUUCCUGAGAGUGAGUCCAGGAGCUCCCCAGGCAUUCCUCCAGGCCACCCCCAAAAAAUACCAAGGGAAUUUCUUAAGAAUUAGCUCAAGAAUUCCUCCAGCAUUUGUCGUAGAAUCACCCUAGGAUUUUACUGGGAAUUUCUCCAUUAUAACUCUGGUAAUUAAUGCAGGAGUUCUCCAGCAAUAAUGCAUGUUUCUCUUCAGGAUUUUUCCCGAAAAUUACUGAAGGACUCAAGGGAUUUCUCCAGAAAUUCCUGCAUUAAUACCACCAGGACUUCCUCAAGGGAUUCCUCCAAAAAAUCCUCCACGAUGCCAGCUAAACAUUCUUCCAGUAGUUCUUCCAGGAAUAACUCCAGAAAUUCAUCUCGAAAUUCCUACAGGAAUUUCUCUUCAGGAAUUGUAGAAGGGAUUUCAUCAGGAAUUCUUCCAGGGAUUUCACAAGACAAUUUUUCAAUAAAUUGCUCCAAGACUUUCUCUAAGAAUUCCUGCAAGGAUUCAUCUAGGAAUUCCUCUGACGAUUCCUCUAGAUUUUUUUUCCACGGUGUCCUCCAAAAAUUCUUCCAGUUAUUCCUCCAUGAGUUCCUGCAGGAAUUUAUCCCGAAAUUCUACCAGGAAAUCCUGCAGGGAUUCCUCCAGGAAUCGCACCAUAAAUUCCUCCUGUAAUUGCUGCAGGAGAUUCUCUAGAGGUUCCUCCAAGGAUUCGUCUAGAAUUCCUUCCAGAAUUUCUCCCUGGAAAUCAUCAAGAAAUUCCUCUAGAAAUUCCGUCAGUAAUUCCUCUGGAAAUUCCUUCAGUAAUUCCUCACAGAAUUCCUCUAGGAAUUUCUACAGGGAUUUCUUCAAAAAUUUCUCCAGAAAGUACUCCAGGCAUUUCUCCAGGAAUUACUUCAUGAAUUUCUCCAUAAAUUAUUCCAGGAAUUCCUCCAGAAAUUACUUCAGGUACUACUCCAGGAGUUCCUCCAAGAAUUCCAACGGAAAUUGCUCAAGGCAUACCUCCAGAAAUUCCAUCAGGUAUUUUUCCAGGAAGUCUUUUUGGAAAUACUCCAGGCAUAACUCCAAGAAUUUCUCCGUGAGUUACUCCAGGUAUUCCUACAGGAUUCUUACAGAUGUUUAUCCAGGAACUACUGCAAGAUGUCCUCCAUUUUUUUCCAGGAAUUCCUCCAGUGAUUCCUUCAUAAAUUUCUCCAGUAAAUGCUCCAGAAAAUUCUUUAGAGAUUCCUUCAGAAUUCCUUCCUGUAUUUCCUCCAGGAAAUCGUCCAGAAAUUUCGCCAGUGGUUCCUUUAGUAAAUCUUCUAUGGAUUCCUCCAGGAGUUCGUACAGAAUAUCCUCCAGAAAUUUCUCCAGACAUUCCUCCAGAAAACACUCCAGAAAUUCCUCUAAGAAUUUCGCCAGUGAUUUCUUUCGUCCAGAAAUUUCGCCAGUGAUUCCUUCAAUAAAUAUUCUAGGGAUUCCCCCAGGAAUUCCUACAGAAUAUCCACCAGAAAUUCCUUCAGGCAUUACUCCAGGAAUUCCUACAGAAAAUACUCCAGGAAUUCCUCCAGGAAUUCAUCCACGAACUUUUCCAGAAAUUCCUCACGGAAUUCCUCCGAAAAUUUCUCCAAGAAUUCUUUCAGGAAUUUUUCCAUAAAGUCUUCCAGGAUAUACUCCAUGAAUUACUCCAAGAAUUGCUUCAGGAAUAACUCGAGGAAUUCCUCCAAAAAUUCCUCCAAGAAUUCCUUCAGGAAUUCUUCCAUAAAGUCUUCCAGGAAAUACUCCAUUAAUUACUCCAAGAAUUGCUUCAGGAAUAACUCUAGGAAUUCCUCCACGAAUUGCUUCAGAAAUGACUUCGGGGAUUCCUACGGGAAUUCUUCCAGGAACUACUUCAGGCU